AUGGCUUUUAUGGAGGUUGGAAACCACACCACUGUGACAGAGUUCAUCAUUCUGGGAUUAACAGAGGAUCCUUUACUUUGUGUCAUCUUCUUUGUGGUAUUUCUGGGAAUAUAUGUUGUUACUUUAAUAGGCAAUAUCAGCAUAAUCACUUUAAUAAGAAGCUGUUCCCAGCUCCACACCCCCAUGUACCUAUUCCUCAGUCAUCUGGCUUUUGUGGAUGUUGGGUUUUCCACAUCAGUCACACCUAUAAUGCUUAUAGGAUUCACUGGACAGAGAACAGCCCUCCCUGUGGCUGGCUGUGAAGCCCAACUCUGCUCUGGGGUAACAUUUGGGACGACAGAGUGCUUUCUCCUGGCUGCCAUGGCCUAUGAUCGCUAUGUGGCCAUCUGUUCUCCCCUGCUUUACUCUGUACACAUGUCUCCCAAAGUCUGCAUGCUCUUAGUAGGGGCUUCUUAUCUAGGUGGCUGUGUGAAUGCAUCGACAUUUACGAGUUGUUUACUGAGUCUGUCCUUCUGUGGACCAAAUCAUAUAGAUCACUUUUUCUGUGAUUUCUCACCUUUGUUGAAACGAGCCUGCUCAGAUAUCUCCAUUAUUGAAAUUAUUCCCUCCAUCUCUUCUGCCUCCAUCAUUGUGGUCACAGUGUUUAUUAUUUCUCUCUCUUACAUAUAUAUCCUCACUACAAUCUUGAAGAUGCAUUCCACAGAAGGGCGACACAAGGCCUUCUCCACCUGCACCUCCCACCUCACUGCAGUCACUCUUUACUAUGGAACUAUUACUUUCAUUUAUGUGAUGCCCAGAUCCAGCUACUCAACUAAGCAGAAUAAGGUGGUGUCUCUGUUCUACACAGUGGUAAUUCCCAUGUUGAACCCCCUAAUCUAUAGUCUGAGGAACAGAGAUGUGAAAGAAGCCCUGAGGAAGGUGACUGUCAGGAUGCAUUCUUAG